AUGUCCAGAGCUGGAACCAAGGUCACCUUCUAUGAAGACAAGAAUUUCCUAGGCCGUUCCUACGAGUGUGACAGCGACUGCCCCGACUUUCACACCUACUUGAGCCGCUGCAACUCCAUCCGGGUGGAUGGAGGCACCUGGGUGGCCUAUGAGAGGCCAAACUUUUCCGGAAACAUGUACGUUCUGACACACGGGGAGUAUCCUGACUACCACCACUGGAUGGGCCUCAACGACCGCCUCGGCUCCUGCAAAGCCGUCCAGAUACCAAGUGGAGGCCGGGGCCACAUCCAGGUAUUUGAGAAGGGAGAUUUUGGUGGGCGGAUGUUUGAAGCCACCGAAGACUGCCCUUCCGUCAUGGAGGAAUGGCACAUGCGUGAGAUCCAUGCCUGCAGAGUGCUGGAGGGUGUCUGGGUUUUCUACGAGCAUCCCAACUACCGGGGCAGGCAGUACCUGCUGCCCAAGGGCGAGUACCGCAAACCCGUGGAGUGGGGAGCGGCGAGCCCCACCGUCCAGUCCUUCCGCAGCAUCACCGAGUGA